CUCUUACUGCCUGUCUCUCUAUCACGCUCUCUAUGGGAAAAACCCGAGCAGGAGGAGAGCAGCAGAAGGGGGGAGGAGGAGGAGGACUCCUUCUUCUUCCGAUACAGCGGCGGAGGCAGAUUAUUUAAAAAAAAUAAAAAUUAAAAAUUAAAGAAAAAAAAGGAAGAAGAAGAAAGCACCACACCUCCCGGUGCGGAGCGAUAAAGGAAGGAAAAACCCACACGGAUGUGCCUCCGAAAGCGCAGCGGAUUCCGCCCUCCAGACCUUAUUAAUGCCAAGAUUGAGAGGUCCACAGAAGGGGGGAUGACAUGCAUGUGUCCGGCCUGCUAACAUCGCUGACGCUAACAGACUGCCGAGCCUCACAACAUGGCGGAUGUACUGUACACAGGUCCGAUCCCGGCCGAGCGGGCGAGCGAGCUGGCCAUGGGGGGAGGUCGCAGCGAGACCUCACCUCUGAGUGGGACAGGAGGGGGUCGGGGAAUGACCACUACCCAGAACUCUCAGCGGUCCAAUGCCUGCUGCUUUUGCUGGUGCUGCUGUUGCAGCUGUUCAUGUCUCACCAUCAGGAAUGAAGAGGAAAGACGGAGGCGGAGGAGGAGGAAGAUGAUAUCACAGGAUACCAAGAUGGAAACCAUACCAAACUGUGAAGCUUGCACCAAACCCUCGAUGGAGGAGAUCCGGCUUUGGUCUCAGUCAUUCGACAAGCUGAUGAGGAACCCUGCAGGUCGAAAUGUUUUCCGGGAGUUCCUGCGAACGGAAUACAGCGAGGAAAACAUGCUGUUCUGGCUGGCCUGCGAAGACCUUAAAGAAGAAGCCAACAAGAAUGCCAUUGAGGAAAAGGCGCGUUCCAUAUAUGAGGACUACAUUUCUAUACUGUCACCAAAAGAGGUGAGUCUGGAUGCCCGGGUUCGAGAGGUGAUCAACAGGAAGAUGCAGGACCCAACACCUCACACGUUUGAAGACGCCCAGCUGCAGAUCUACACACUGAUGCACAGGGACUCCUACCCACGAUUCCUCUCCUCCAACAUCUACAAGUCGCUCCUUCUCGGCGGCUCUCGUACCUCCUCAGAGUCCUAGUCCCACACCAGCUCCACCUCCUGCACUCCCAGGACUGACCCUCCUCCCAUACCAUGCUCACCCAUACCUGCCACCUCAGUGUUCUUGUCCAUGUCUCCGGUUACUGCCAAGAUUUUCUUCUUUUCUGCUUUACGCCCUCAACCUGAAUCCACUCUUCCAUUGUUUUUCUGCUGUUUCUUUUUCCUCUUAAAUCUUUCUUCUUCAAAAUUUAUUUUUCUAAUUAAAUUAUCCCAAAGGGUGUAGAAAAGAAAAAGAUGUUUUAAAACUUAAAACAGCCCUGAAAAUAUUUCAACUAAACCAGCUGACUGAAGACUGGAGUCAUAAGUGAAGUUAAAUACACAAAAACAGCUGCAUGUGUCAUUUGGAUAAAUAAGUGUUAAAUAAUUAUAUCCCAGCUGAUGAUAGUAAUAUGAUCAUGCUGAAUUAGAUAAAGCAGGAAUAAAAAGUGGAUAAAAAUAACUGAUAGUUCUGAAGACCCUCAGUGUCGCCAACACAAGAUGUUUGACUGAAAACAACGAAGACAAUUAACACAGAUAAACUAUUCAUGUUUUUACUGAUGCGUUUUGGCCUUAUUUACUGGACAGACUGUGUUCAUGAAACUCCAAGUUAAGAAGGAAACAUUUCUACUCCAUUGUACAUCCAUCCUUCUAUUCCUCUUCUUUACAUGUUUUCUUCCUCAUCCCUGUUUCCCAUUUUCUUUCCUACCUUUUCCACCCAGCAGCGGCUAAACGGGAGGAAAGUUUGGGAUGUUGAAGUAUUUCUUAGGGAGAUGUACAUGACCACUGUGGGAGAAACAUUCAUCUGUGCCAUGAACUCUUGGUGGAUUUUUUUUAUCAGUCCUUCCCUUUUGCAACCAUCCAAUCACCUUUUCGAGCCAAUUGAAGUUGGGCCUGCUGGACCUUCUCACACAUGGUCGGCGUUUCUUUCCUUCCAUUCUUGGAGGAUGAGAAAAGAAAAGAUGGAUGCUACGAUGUCUCCUCCUUUUUAUCCAUUUUCCCUACUUUCAACUGGAAACCACAGAGUGCUCCCUUCAUCUCUGCUUCAAACACCUCCUCUGAUGUCCACCUCUAGUUUGCUGGAUCAGUCAUUUCACACCAGUUAGAAACAGACAAGGACAAAGUCACUUCCUUCCCACUGCUGAUUUACAAAGAAAAAAAGACAGGCGUCUAUUUUUUAAAAGAAACUCUAUUGAACAUUUUAAUUGUCUUUUUUUUCCUCACAGCAGGAUUUUAUUUUUGCAAGAAGAGGAGACUUCCUCUGAGACUUUACUGAUCUACACCCAGCCCCACAAACACGGCAAUAAAACACUGGAGUUUGGUAAAAACA